CCUCUCCAUAAUGCCACCCCGCCGUGCAAAACGCGCUAAACUGGAGUCUGUAGUCGGCACGACACCCUCGACGAGAGAUGUCGUCUCCCUGCCCAAUCGCACAUCAAACGCCGUAGAGCUGCCUGUGGAACUCUUUCUGGAAAUUCUAUCAUACUUUCCUCAUGCGCCGGUUGGGCUUCCUCGCUACGGUAUAGAUAUCCGCAGCGCCCCACCCGUUUUUUGUUUUGAGCGCACCGACCUCCUCAGAGCUCUCUCCCAGACGUGCCGACGGUGGAGAUUGAUUCUUCUACCUCUGCUUUGGGAGUGCCUCGAGGUCUACCCCGUCCGAUCCCGGGAACCUGUGUGGAAUCUUUGGCUCGCCAGGUCAUUGGAGAGGAAAAGCAAAGGCCUUGUUCGAAGCCCUCAACACGCUGCUUAUGUCCAAUGCGUAAGAGUCAGACUGUCAACGGCAAAAGUCCUGCCCGCCUUUGUUAGUUGUCUUCGGGCUCUGCCCAACCUACACACCCUGUCGAUUAUUUUCGACCAUAUCGAGAUGACUAGUAGCCUUAAAUCGGCUUUUGAAGGCCGAACGUUUCCGAGUGUGCGAACGGCGGUUGUACCAAACGAUGCUCAUAGUGUUUUGAGAAGCUGUCCAGAAGUGCGAAGGGUAAUCUGUAACUUGGGUGAUGGAAGCACGCUUGUAAGCGCGAUGGCCAAGGAAUGCAGGGAAGUUGAAGUCAUCGAGGGCUUUCAGCCAGAUGAAAAGAUGAUGAAACGAAUCGUGAAGGCCGCGCCUAACCUUCGGGGCGCCAGGUUCUCUCGAUCUAUCACUCCUGCGGCUCUUCUUCUGUUAUCUUCUUUGAAAGACCUGGUAAACAUUGAGCUUCACACUGAUGUCCUCAGUGAGGCAGCCAUUGGAAAUAAUGCUCGCUUGGCAGAUUGCAUAAAAAUAGCGAAAGAAAUGCUUCGAAAACGCGAGGGGACGAAGUCAUUGAUAGUGAGCCAUUUUGCUUAUAAACACACCUGGUUGCAUGGCUGGAGCAAGAACAUCGAGCUCGAUUAAUUAUUUUUUUGAUACAAGCAGAACUUCAUGGACAACCGGACAUUGACAUCUUGUUAUCUAAUUUAUUAACUUUACGAGAGC